UUGAUUAUUAUUAAUUUUCUAGUAGGACUAGACCUCAGAUCGUUCACGGUCACGUUGGAAAUGUAGAUUGUUGGCGGAGAGGGGCCCUAUGGAUAGGAAGCCAGUGUUGUUGCUUGAUUGAUUGCGGAGCCUGGUGGUGAAUGGCUUUAUUUGGCUUCGGUAACAAUCUCAGCUUUUGGCUACUGUUACGGUUUUAGUUGUUGCUGUUUUUGUUGGGUUGUCGUGAUAAUCUUCGACUUGGGAGGUUUGCAGAAUAUGACGCUUGUCUCGCUGUCUGUGCCCCUAGGGUUUCUGUGGCGCAGCCAGCUCUGAGGCUGCCCUUGAAACUCUCCCCGGAGGCCACAACGGUACCUUUCCGCUUUUUCCUAGCCGUCCUAGACAUCUCUCCUCUCUGCCCCUGAUUCCAGUCUUGGGUAGGGCCUGGUUAUUCAAUUCAUAAAUCAUCCGAGCUGCAUGCUGCUCUACUAGUCAUCUAGAAUAGUAUCGUAGCUUCCCUUGUGCGGAGUGUAGCACGGCAUAAUUCAAGCUGGGUUUUUGGUUGUUGGUACUGGUUAGUCCUUGGAUAUUGAAGCUUUGGCCCUUGAGUGUCAGUUGUAUUCUGUCAUUCAGUAGCCUCGUUGGGCGAGACAGAUUUUCCGGUUUUGGGUGAGUUAACUGUUUUGGCGUACCCGAUUCGGAAUGUUGGGUUGUACUUCUGUGUCCUCUAGUCUGUGACGAUUGGUUUUGGGUCAAUCAACUUAAGCAGUGUGUGAUUGCGGUAGCGUAAGCGAGAUGGUGAUGUGUCGAAUGAAACGGGGUGUGUAGGAGGACGAGAGGAGGGCCAAUUUUUGAUUGAGAUCAUCGAUUGCUGCUGGUGAUCUUGGCAGGGCCUUGAUUAUGGGCAGUUGUUGAAAUUGGCGGUUAGCCUCGCCCUAGUAUCCAGUUUUUCAAGUCGAGGUGGUGUGUUGAAUUUGUAAAUCAGUCGGUAGCUAUCCAGAGUGUGAAACGAAUGCGACAAUCUAGCACGGAUACACGUGUUUCAUGAAUCUUCACAGGUUGCCGAUCGAAGUUACCAGGAGGAGCGAGAGUUAGAUGCAGCGGUGUGCAGGUGGUGAAUCGCGGUGAACAGACUCGUUGAAUUGUAACGCGGAGGUACCUUGGUAUGGAAUCCAAAGCUGGAGCCCAGGUUUGCAGAGGUGACUACACUCGAUGGCUGAUUUAGGGUUUAGGAUAGCGUAGGAGUGCUUGAAACCGGCCAUGGCGUAUUACAACGACUUCGGCCCUCGCCCGUUCGACCGCCACGAUGAUCCUUACAUCCCGCCAGACAUUGAUGGCCCCCCUCCUUCGAAUUUCCCUUUCCGCUCCGAGUAUCCUGAUGACCAUCAGAUGUGGGAUCGGCCGUCACCACCAAGUUUUAGAGGAGCACCGGAUUACGAGAGAGGGCCGUACUCCUCUACCCCUGGUGACUACCAUAUGUACCCUCCCGGUAGUAUGGGAGGAGGAAUGCGCGCGGAGGACUACAUCCCGCAGGUAUUCCCGAGGAUGGGGUCUCCUGAAGGAUACCCGUCCGACUAUCCUCCAGUGAGGGCCCCUCCCUUUGCCCCGGAUUACGAGAGAGGGCCACCGCCAGGGGGCUAUGCAGAUGAUUACGGUCGGCGGCCUCCGCCGGGUUAUCCUGGAGGAGAUUACGACAGACCUCUUCCUUACGAGUAUGAAAUGGUGCAAACUGAUUUUGGGGGAUAUGAACGAAGACCCAUUCUUCCAGGGUACCAGAGGGAGCGUCCUUUGGGCGGCUAUCCUCCAGCAGAGCAUGGCAGAUGGCACGACCCACACCAAAGACACGGCCCUCCUGUCCAUCUCCGAGAUGGUGGCAGAUAUGACGCAGGUGCGGGGCAUCCUCCUCGUUCUUACGAGCCUGAGGUGCGUUUCAACCGUCCGGAGUCACCCAGACGGCCCCAACCGCCAAUUGUUGCAUAUCCUCCCGAACAAGUCAAGUCUCCUCCACGUCCCUCUGGUGGAGGCGAUGGAGGUGGCCAGUUCCCUCCAAUGCCAUAUGAGCCUGCUGUUGCCGCUGCGGAUCCUCCGCCCCCGCCAAUGAAACAAGACAGGGCUCCAGAGGGCGAGCCUCAAUUCCCUCCCAUGCCAUAUGAGCCCGUUCACAGAUCUCCGCACCAUCACCACGAGGGUCCUCCACCGCAACGUUCUCCGCGGAUGAACCCUAGGGACGAUGAUGUUGCUGUACCAUAUCACGCACAAAUGGGAAUUCCCCCGGACCAGCCAUUUCAACAAGCUCAUUAUGGUCAUGCCACGGAACACGGGCAUAUUAAGAGGAAGCAUUUGCAAGGCUGCAAGGAUUAUUGGGCUGCAUUCAUCUUUUUUUUCCACUUCUGGGCUGUGGUUGGUGUCUGCAUAUAUUUGGGAGUGCGAGGUGUGAUCAAAACGAAUGAAAACGAAGACCUGACGCGCCAUUCUAUUUUUGCUCCUUCACCACCAGUUUCGGAUCGGUUGUACAGCAUAAAGCACUGGGCUCCCCAGCUCGCCGCUGCAGCAGGCUCAGGGUGGCUGUUUGCAAUGGUGUGGCAGCAUGUCGUGCGGAGUGCAACUAUGAUAAAGGCCUGCCUGGCUCUGGGUGCGGUGGCUACUGGGCUGCUGGGCAUUAUACUGAUCUCUACUGGAACUACCAUAGGCAUUGUUGGCCUUAUUUUUCUGGUUUCGGCGCUUUUCCAGGGCCUCUAUGUACACCUCGUCCGGGAACGGAUCCCGUUUGCUGCGUGCAUGUAUAAGAAGACACGGGAUGUUUUGAGGCAUUACAAGGGUCUAUAUAUCAUCUCCGCGUGGCAUGUGCUGCUGGCAUUGGCAUGGCUUGCAUUAUGGAUCUUCGGUGUGUCAGGAGCAGUGAGCCUGCCCCACGGCGGAUGGUAUGCUGCGUUGCUAGUGCUUAGCCUGGCGUGGUCCAUUGAGGUCCUUCGUAAUAUCGUCUAUGUCACUGUCGCAGGUCUUGUGGGCACAUACUACUACGAGGCGCGCCACAUGCCACAUGUGCCAACGUUAAGGGCACUCCAACGUGCUUGGACGAUUUCAUUUGGAAGUAUAUGCCUGGGAUCGCUAUUUGUGGCUCCAGUGCAGACACUGCACUGCCUCGCCAAACGUUUGGCUAAUGAACAAGGCGAGAACGAGUUCAUGUUCUCGUGUGUAAACUGCUUCCUUGGAGUGCUCAACUUUUUCAUGAGACACUUCAACAAAUGGGCUUUUGUAAAUGUUGGCUUGCAUGGAAAUAGUUUUGUGAAGUCGGCAAGGCGUACAUGGGACAUGUUUGAGAAUCAAGGGGCUAUGCUGCUGAUCAACGAUGAUCUAACUGGGGCAAUUCUCUUGUCAAGUUGCUUGAUCGGAGGAGUGUUGACAGCUCUAGUUGGUGGUUGCUGGACUUUUGCUACACACUCACACCUCACUGUUGGUGUCUCCAUCAUCUCAUUCUUCAUCGGUUUCUUUGUGACAUACCUAACAAUGGUUGUACGGGAGAGUGCGGUGGCUGCUUAUUAUGUGUGCUUUGCUGAAGACCCAGCCACACUUAAAAAAAUCGAUGAAGCUCAUUAUCAAUACAUGGUAGAGCGCAAGCGACAACUCGACCAACAAAUCGCGUAACUGUAAAACCAUCCACCAGACAUUGUCAAAAGAAGUCUGAUCUAGAUACGUCACAGUAUUGACAUUAGUCUCACUAGUCCAAGGAGAUGAUAACGUGACUGAAUGAAAGAAUACCCUCACAGGCGUUAUUGCGAGGCAAUUGAGCGAGUUUGCUGUAGUUGUAGCCUAAGGGCAUUGUUUACGCGUUCAUGCGUGCGCAGUCUGUAAAUUGCAUGAGUGUGAAUACCACAAAAUGUUUUAGGUCAUUUCUGUAUUAUUGAGACCUGAGAUUCUUGUUACUUUUUAGCAGGGAACCCGCAGAAGGGUAUAAUCGGCAGUAAGAGAAAGUCUUAGAACCAGUGAGCCUUUUUUCUUUUCACUCUGACCGAGUGCAUUGUCACAUUACUCAGAUUCUCAUAAAUCCAAUCAAUGUUCAUCCAA